GGACAUCCCCUUUCCGAUCCUCUGUGAGAUUUCUUCCCCUUUAGCUAAAGCUGUUUAUAAUGUCAGCGCCGCCGCUGGGAAUUGUGCGUGAACUUCGGUUAUAAGCGCGUUCGGCUCGACAUCUACCACCCCCCAAACACUCUGCGUCUCCAUGACCCCGGCAGCGCGCGCGCUUCCGCCGCGGCUGCACGUCCGUCGUCGUGAAUCGCGCUUGCGUCUAGUUUCAGCUCGGGGAGUCCCCGCCGCCUCCGCCGUCGUCAUUGUCGUCGUUGUCGCCGUCGCAGGGGGCAGCGACGCUCGAGCGAAUCGGCGGGCGCCUAUUUAUAUUCCGGUGCCGUCCGGUACGGCAUGGGAGCAGCAGCCCUGUCUUUAACGGAGGCGGAGAUCGGAUCUCUCUCUCGCUCUCUCUCUCUCGCAAGCACCGAAAGGCCAAUGAAUAACAAUAAGAACAAUAACUGUCUGCGUUUCUAACCAACUUCAUUUUCAGUGCCACUGCUCUCUCUCUCUCUCUCUCUCUCUCGCGUGCGCGCUCUCUCUUGUGAUUGUUCGCGCGAUGGCAGGAGCGGCAGCGCGUGCUUUCCUGCUCCUCCUGUGCCUCGCGGUCGGUGCCCAGUGCGGCGCGCUCGCGUUCACCGAGGAACCCGGGGACAGGGCUCCCAAAUCGGACGGAUAUUGCAGCUGGAUCAUACGAGCGCACGGCGCGAGGAAGGAGCUGUACACCGAGUUUCGGCUCCGCGUCGAAGGAGAACCGGAGAGCUACCAGCCCGGCAGCACGUACAGAGUGACGCUGUACGCCACCAGCCCUGCUUACUUCAAAGGCUUCACGCUCAUCGCUUUAAAGGAAGGACGGAAUGGGGAAAAGGAGGAGGAUUACGCUGGGAAAUUCCAGCUCAUUGAUGAAGAUGACACACGGUUUAUGACUAACUGCCCCCCAGCUGUGACCGACAGCAUCCCUCGAAGGAGGACCAAAAUCCAGGUGUUUUGGACGGCACCCUCCUCAAGCAGUGGCUGCAUACUGCUCAAGGCGAGCAUCAUUCAGAGGAAGAUCAUCUCUUUCCAGGAUGAAGGCUCUCUGACAAAGCGACUGUGUGAGAAAGAGCCGUUGUAUGGUGAGGUCACUGAAAAGCCUCUGCUGGAUUGCUGCGCCUGUGGAACGGCCAAGUACAGGGUCACCUUCUACGGGAACUGGUCCGAAAAACUGCACCCCAAAGACUACCCCAGACGAGCCAAUCACUGGUCAGCCAUCAUUGGUGCGUCACACUCCAAGAACUAUGUGCUGUGGGAAUACGGUGGUUACGCCAGUGAAGGAGUGAAGCAGGUAGCGGAGCUCGGCUCGCCCAUCAAGAUGGAGGAGGAGAUUCGACAGAAGGGUGACGAGGUGCUGACGGUCAUUAAGAUGAAGGCACAGUGGCCCGCAUGGCAGCCUCUCAACGUGCGAGCCGCUCCCUCGGCGGAGUUCUCAGUGGACCGGACUCGUCACCUCAUGUCCUUCCUCACCAUGCUCGGGCCGAGUCCCGACUGGAAUGUGGGUCUGUCGGCUGAAGAUCUCUGUACGAAGGAGUGCGGAUGGGUGCAGAAGCUGGUCCAGGACAUGAUCCCGUGGGACGCCGGGACCGACAGCGGGGUCACCUACGAGUCUCCCAACAAACAGACAAUUCCUCAGGAGAAAAUUCGUCCUCUUACAAGUCUGGAUCAUCCCCAGAGCCCGUUUUAUGACCCAGAAGGCGGAGCCAUAACUCCGGUGGCCAGAGUGGUGGUGGAGAGGAUCGCCCGCAAGGGUGAGCAGUGCAACAUCGUGCCUGAUAACAUUGAUGACAUCGUAGCAGACAUCGCUCAGGAGGAGAAAGAGGAAGACGACACUCCGGAGACGUGUAUUUACUCCAACUGGUCUCCGUGGUCAGCCUGCAGCUCCUCCACCUGUGAGAAAGGAAAGAGGAUGAGGCAGAGGAUGCUGAAGGCUCAGCUGGACCUGUCCGUCCCCUGUCCGCACACCCAGGACUUCGAGCCGUGUAUGGGGCCCGGCUGCAGUGACGAGGAUGCGUCUACGUGUAUGAUGUCAGAAUGGAUCACGUGGUCUGAAUGCAGCGUGUCCUGCGGCGCAGGCGUCCGGUCCAGAGAGCGAUACGUAAAGCAGUUUCCCGAGGAUGGUUUUGCCUGCACCCUCCCCACCGAAGAGAUGCAACCGUGCACCGUCAACCAGGACUGCUCUCCUAGCAGUUGUCUCGUGACUGAAUGGGGUGAAUGGGACACCUGCAGCGCCACCUGUGGGCUGGGCAUGAAGCGGCGUGAGCGUAUGGUCAAAAUGCCUCCGUCUGAUGGAUCCAUCUGUGGGGCUGAGGUGGUGGAGGUGGAGAAGUGCAUGAUGCCCGAGUGUCAUACCAUCCCCUGCCUGUUGUCUCCAUGGUCUGAUUGGAGUGACUGCAGUGUGACAUGCGGUAAAGGAAGUCGCACUCGACAGCGUGUACUCAAAUCCCCGGUGGAGCUGGGAGAGUGCAGCGAAGAGCUGGAACAAGUGGAGAAAUGCAUGCUUCCAGAGUGCCCUUUAGACUGUAUGAUGUUUGAGUGGUCAGAGUGGACCGAGUGUAAUAAAUCAUGCGGGAAAGGUCACAUGACCCGGACAAGGAUGAUAAAGCUGGAGCCUCAGUUCGGGGGCGAGACAUGCCCCGAGUCUGCCCAGAGGAAAAAGUGCAAGAUCAGGAAAUGUAAUCAAGCCAGUACGACCAGCGAUGAGAGAAAGAAACGCAAAGAAGCCAGAAAGAAGAGGAAGAACAGUCAGGGCAGGGAGGAGUGGAUUGACGAGCUGGCAGGAUGCAAAAUGAAGCCGUGGUCAGGAUGGAGCGACUGUACCAAGCUGUGCGGAGGAGGAAUCCAAGAGAGGCUAAUGACCGCCAAGAAGAGAUUCAAGAGCACACAGUUAACCAGCUGCAAGGACAGGAAGGAGAUCCGGGCCUGCAACGUCCAUCCCUGCUAAGCAGUGCAGAGGAUUGUGGGAAGGGACUCGAUGUGAUGAGGGAGGGAGGGAUGGGGGAGGGGCAGGAUCAAGCGUCGAUCGCGCCUCUUUCUCUGGUUCGGUCGACCUGUUUAGGGUUGGCGUCAGUUUGGUAAUUUUUUUACCUUUUUCUUUCUUUUUUUUUACUAGAAUGUAGUAUAGUGGUAAUUUGUCAUAUUCAAAAGAAAUGCAGAGAAAUGCUUAGAGUUGAUGUUAAAGUUCGAUUUCAUUUCGAUUCUAAUUCCUAGUAUGGUUCUAUCUGAAAGUGGCUUAUUAAAGUUUCAUAAGAUUUAGUAACUCCACAUGAUGCAGACGACGGUCCAGAAAAAGUCUUUGGUUUUGUUUUCAGUCAGCAAAAAUUGAAUUUCCUUCUCUUUAAUUCCAUCUGUUUUUUUUUACUAUUAAAAUUAAAAUUCAUUUAUAACACCACCGGAUGCAGUAACCUGUGCAUAUUAUUAAUAAUU